CCGGCCACCCCGGGACCGCAGCCACGUCUGAAAGCGCCUCAUUGUGUGCGCUCGGGCGCGCUGCGCAGGGCAGCACCGAGGGUUGCUGGCCGGCGCGCGGGGAGUAGAGGGCGCGGGCCGCAGUGCCGGGCUUCCGAGGGAGCUCUGCGCCGCGUCCUUCCCUGUGGUAGCCCCAGGGCACCCCCCCAUCCUUAACAUCCCAUUCUGGGACUCCUGCCCUGUUCCCAGAUUGGCUCUGCCUCUAGUCUCCAGGAGCUUCCAGUGGAUUGGUCCCCCCACCUCCAACUCUCGUCCAUGCCUCUUAGAGCCCCUUUCCCGACCUCACCCGGUGUCCGUUAAUAGUCUUGGGACCUUAAGGAGCAAGUCAGCCCCUGCGGACUCUCCCAGUGAAGAGAAAAAGCUGGCUGUGCGGUGGAACUUGGAAGAGACGACUUCUGGGAGCCUUUGCUGAGCCCAGGGAGGGAGGCGUCCCCCACCGUGCCGCUCCUGCUCGGGCAGAGCCGCCAAGCUUUGAGUUCUCUAGGGUGUGUACCCAGGAGUGGAUCUGCUGUAUCAUAUGGUCACUCUGUUCAACCUUUUGAGAAAGCACCAAAUUGUUUCUUCAGGAAAUGCACCAUUUGACAUCCCCACUUUAUGAGGAUCACCACGUCUCCAUCAUCUCACCAACACUUGGUGUGACUCCAUUGCCCUCCUGCUUUACCAGGUACUGAGGAGCCUCUCAUCAUCUCCCAUGGAUUUGUGAUCAGCGUUGCAGCUCUCCCAGCAGCCCUGGACAGUGGCCCCCAGCAGUCAGCAUGUGGCUGCCGCGAGUCUCCAGCACAGCAGUGACCGCGCUUCUCCUGGCGCAGACCUUCCUCCUCCUCUUUCUGGUUUCCCGGCCAGGGCCCUCGUCCCCAGCAGGCGGCGAGGAGCGCGUGCAUGUGCUGGUGCUGUCCUCGUGGCGCUCGGGCUCCUCCUUCGUGGGCCAACUCUUCAGCCAGCACCCCGAUGUCUUCUACCUAAUGGAGCCCGCGUGGCACGUGUGGACCACUCUGUCGCAGGGCAGCGCCGCAACGCUGCACAUGGCCGUGCGUGACCUGGUGCGCUCCGUCUUCCUGUGUGACAUGGACGUGUUUGAUGCCUAUCUGCCUUGGCGCCGCAACCUGUCCGACCUCUUCCAGUGGGCCGUGAGCCGUGCGCUGUGCUCGCCACCCGCCUGCAGUGCCUUUCCCCGAGGCGCCAUCAGCAGCGAGGCGGUGUGCAAGCCACUGUGCGCGCGGCAGCCCUUCAGCCUGGCCCAGGAGGCCUGCCGCUCCUACAGCCACGUGGUGCUCAAGGAGGUGCGCUUCUUCAACCUGCAGGUGCUCUACCCGCUGCUCAGUGACCCCACGCUCAACCUGCGCAUCGUGCACCUGGUGCGUGACCCGCGGGCUGUUCUGCGCUCCCGGGAGCAGACAGCCAAGGCUCUGGCGCGUGACAACGGCAUCGUGCUGGGCACCAAUGGCACGUGGGUGGAGGCCGACCCCGGCCUGCGCGUGGUACGCGAGGUGUGCCGUAGCCACGUACGCAUCGCCGAGGCCGCCACACUCAAGCCGCCACCCUUCCUGCGCGGCCGCUACCGCCUAGUGCGCUUCGAGGACCUGGCGCGGGAGCCGCUGGCAGAAAUCCGUGCGCUCUACGCCUUCACCGGGCUGAGUCUCACACCACAGCUCGAGGCCUGGAUCCAUAACAUCACCCACGGAUCUGGACCUGGUGCACGCCGCGAAGCCUUCAAGACUUCGUCCAGGAAUGCGCUCAACGUCUCCCAGGCCUGGCGCCACGCGCUGCCCUUUGCCAAGAUCCGCCGCGUGCAGGAACUGUGCACUGGUGCCCUGCAGCUGCUGGGCUACCGGCCUGUAUACUCUGAGGACGAGCAGCGCAACCUCGCCCUUGAUCUGGUGCUGCCACGAGGCCUGAACGGCUUCACCUGGGCAUCGUCCACCUCCUCGCACCCCCGGCAUUAGUGGAGGCCACAGUUGUAGCGGGUGCCAGGUCCGGGAGGAGAGUGCAUGGUGCACAGGGGGCUGGGGCGCACGGAGAGGCAGGUCCCUAUAUUGACCAAGGAGUUCGUGUUACCCCCCUGAAGUAGGCAAGGACUGCACGUUUCUUUCUCUCCUGAUUCUUGGUUUCCCUGAGUCCUCUGGAGCUGCCUUCUCAUCAGGUUCACUCUUCAUGGAAAGCAACUCUUGCCCCUACCUCCUCUGGGCACAGGGUGUGCGUUCAGAUGACUUGGCUCCUACUCAAGGGCUUUCUUCCCCUUUAACUCUCUCCUUCUGGGGAUACAUCCUGCAGCAGCUGAGGGGGUGCCCUAGCACUGGCCGGGAGUGGAGAGGCACUGUGGUGAUAAGACUCCAAAGGUCUGUACAUCACAUACACAUGCACACGUGCACACAUGGCAAAACUCAGAAGUGAAAAGACUUGUCCAAAAUCACAUGGUGAGAAGGAGGAUGAAGGGAGGAGAGAGCUUUUGCUCUGGGGCUCCAGUUGGGAGAAGGGUCAGAUUUUCCCAUUUUAAUUGCUUUCGGGAAGAGCAAGCAGAGUCAUGGCCAGGGACACAGCUGAGAGAUUGUAGGGGCCAGCCCUACUGGGUCUGUGGGGUUUUCUCCCCAUGUGCAGAGACGAGAGAUCGUAGAAAUAAAGGAUACAAGACAGAGAGAUAAAAGACAGCUGGGCCUGGGGGACCACUACCACCAAGAUGCAGAGACUGGAAGUGGCCCUGAAUGCCUGGCUGCGCUGUUAUUUAUUGGAUACAAAGCUAAAGGGUAAAGAGUGUGAGUCAUCUCCAAUGAUUGAUGAGGUCACGUGAGUCACGUGUCCACCGAACAGGGGGCCCUUCCCUGUUAGGUAGCGGAGGUGGAGAGAGGAUAGCUUACAUCAUUAUUUCUCCUAUGCUCUUUUCAGAAAGAUCAAAGACUUUAAUACUUCCACUAGUUUUGCUACUGCUAUCUAGAGGGCAGAGCCAGGUGUACAUGAAAGUGAAACAGGAGCGUGACCGCUGAAGCACAGCAUCACAGGAAGACGGUUAGGCCUCCUGAUAACUGUGGGCGGGCCUGACUGAUGUCUAGCUCUGACUACCACUAGACCAUGGUCUGCUUGGUGAGAGGUGUCUUCCCGGACGCUGGCAUUACUGCUAGACCAAGGAGCCCUCUGGUGGCCCCCUCUGGGCAUGACAGAGGGCUCACACUCUUGUCUUCUGGUCCCUUCUCACCAUGCCCCUUCAGCUCCUAUCUCUGUAUGGCCUGGAUUUUCCUAGGUUAUAAUUGUAGAGCAAGGAUUAUUAUAAUAUUGGAAUAAAGAGUAAUUGCUACAAACUCA